AAAUACAGGCAACCAUCAUUGUUAACCAGAAAAAAUAACAACCGGAAUCGAGUCUUAUAAAUAGACCCGCUGCCCUGGUCCUCAGUCCGGCCGUUACAGUGACAUUUCGCCCGAGCGGACGUGAGGAAGUCUCACCGGCCUGACUGGCGUCUUCAUUCACCUUUUGGUUAAAGGGCUUUUUUGCCGAACCGACAGUGAUAUGGCCUCCAGGAAAAGAGGCCUCCCGGCCGAUAACGGGGAGCAGGACGGACCGUUGGUCGCCCCCAAGCAGCAGCAGAUCCGGGCGGACGGCAAGGGACACAACGCUGCUGUGAUCCUGGCGAGGGGAGGAAGCAAAGGGAUCCCCCUGAAAAACAUCAAAAUGUUAGCCGGGGUGCCCCUCAUCGGCUGGGUGCUGAGGGCUGCUGUGGACUCCGACAUGUUCGACAGUGUGUGGGUAUCGACGGACCACGACGAGAUAGAGAAGGUGGCGAAAUCCUGGGGCGCCAAGGUGCAUCGCAGGAGUGCUGAAGUCUCCAGAGACUCUUCUUCCUCACUGGAAACCAUCCAAGAGUUUGCCAGGCUCAACCCAGAUGUGGAUGUGAUAUGCCACAUUCAGGCCACAUCCCCGUGUCUACAUCCGCACCACGUGAAGGAGGCGCUGGAGAUGAUCACGCUGCAGGGCUUUGAUUCGGUGUUCUCCGUGGUCCGGAGACACCAGUUCCGCUGGAAGGAGGUCAAGAAGGGAUCUGGUGAAAUGACCAAGCCGUUCAACCUGGACACAGCCAACCGGCCACGGCGCCAGGACUGGGACGGCGAGCUGUGUGAGAAUGGCUCCUUUUAUUUCGCCACCAGAGAUCUCCUCAUGAACAAAGGUCUUAUGCAGGGUGGAAAGAUCGGCUACUAUGAGAUGCUGCCGGAGUACAGCGUGGACAUCGACGUGGACAUCGACUGGCCUGUGGCAGAGCAGAGGGUUCUCAGGUACGGUUACUUCGGUCGGGACACGCCGGAGGUGGUUCGGCUGAUGUUCUGCAACGUUUCCGGAUGUUUAACAGAAGGAAGGAUCUUUCUGUCGGUGUCCGGGGAGGAUAUGGUGUCUGUUAACACCAGAGACGCCAUGGGCAUCCGGAUGCUGAAGGGGGAAGAAGUGGAGGUCGUGCUGUUGACGUCCAGAGAGGACCCCGUGACCAAGUCGUUGGCGGAGAAACUGGCCAAGAGGAUGGGCUGCGAAGUCAUGGAGGUGGGAGAGGAGCCGCAGAACGAUUUGAAGCUGGUAGUGGAGAAGAAGAAGCUGGAGUGGAAGGAUGUGGCGUACAUGGGUAACGAUAAACCAGAUGUGAACUGUCUGAACCUGGCGGGUUUGAGCGCAGUGCCUGGAGAUGCCCCAACGGUCGCCAUCAACGCCGCAAAGUACACCUGCCACAAAGUCGGGGGACUGGGGGCCGUCAGGGAGUUUGCCGAGCACAUUCUCCUUCAGAAACAAAAAGCAAAGGCUCAGAUGAAGCAGGACCGCAUCGACAACAGCAGCUUCUGACUCAACUUCAACUCCACGUUGAAAGGUUUCACUUCAGUCCGUGCACAAAUAAUAGAGGUUAUUAAACAAUGCACAUGUGCAUGAAGAAUAUUAAAAUAUCAUAUGACAUUAGAGUUUAAAACAGUUAAAAAAAAAAAAAGUUUUCCUGUCGGUAAUUUUUUCUUUGUCGGCUUCAAAAUGUGAGAUUCUUUCAGUUUAGAGUUAAUCGAGUUAAUCAGCCUUGGUUUAAUGUAAACAACAGGAUCACCACGACAGCACAACCCAAAACACUAGACUAGAAACUGCUGCUCUUGUCUUUUUACAACAACUAACACACAGCAACAGUAAGUUUGUAAUUUGUAAAGAAGUGUAAAACAGAAACUAAGAUAUUUGCUUUUGAAUGCAUGUAACUUGGGUUAUACCUCCAGUGGGUACGAUCUCUGUUGAAUUUAUUAUUGCCGAUGUUUUAUGAAAGAUACAGCUUUUAAAUAUUUCAGAUGUCUUGGUAUUUAUAAGGGGAAGCAUUUUAAAUCAAAAUAGUGAAUGUCCAAAAAAAAAAAAAAAAAGAUUAUGUAUCAGUCUGUACAUCUUUGGAAAUCUGUUUGUCCCGGUCAUGUCGCCCCUUGUUUUUCCGUUGCCGAUGUUUUGAUUAUAAGAUUGAUACCACUCUCAAGUCUGUGCUACAACGAGCAGCUAGUUAGCUUAGCUUAGCAUAAACACUGGAACCAGAGAGGAGAGAAGCUAACGUGGCUCUGUCAACUUGAUGUUUUUACACUUCCUGUUUUCGUCCAACAAAACAAACAACACGUAUCUUGCUAUUAAUUAGCGCACUACAGGCUAGCUCUUUCCCUCUGUUUCCAGAUUUGAUGCUAAGCUAACAGGAGCUAGCUGUGGCCUUAUAUUACCAGACAAGAUAGAGUGGUGUCGACUCUGUGAUUCAGCGCGUGCUGCUGCUUGGCAACUUUCCAGUUCUUAAUUGGAAGAUUGAUGGGAAUUAGAUUGCAGUUGCUGGUUGUUGAGAGAUUAGUCGGUGGCCUGAUUACCUGUUGUUUCGGUGAACAAUGGGGAGGUGGUUUCAUACAAUGCAGGUCCUGCAUUUCUACAGUUCAGUGAGUGAAAUAAUAACCUGUGUGUGCUGUAUUUAUUGAUCUAUGAAUGGCAAUAUGUAAUUCUUUGUGCUGUUAGUUCUGUUUCUUCCAUUGUUGUUUAUUUUCUGUCUUCCUAAAUGAUGCUGGGGUGAUUGUUUUGUAGGAAUGUUUAUUUGUCAUUUGAUUCAUUCAUGUGAUUUUUUAUUUUAUUUUAUUUUAUUUUUUAUUUUAUUUCACCUUUCACAUUAAUAACAAAGUGGAAUAAG